UUCUAUUUCUACAUGUAACCUCUAUAGACCUAUAGACAGAGAGGGAGGAGAGAAGAGAAGAGAACCCCCCAACCCCAAAACCAAGAGAAAAAACCAGACGGUCGUUUCCUCUUUUCGCUCUCUCUUUUAUAUAUCAAAGACGUGUAAAGCCUGACGUUGAACUCGGUCUCUCUCCCUCUCUCUGUCUCUCUGUGUGUCGCCUUUACCUCUCAUUUCUCUACUCUGUCUCCAUUGCCUCAUAGACCCGGAAUCCCACGUGCCCAAAUUGGGUUCAAUCUUUUUGGGGGGUUUUGAGAGGAUGGAUCUCAGUUGCCUUGCUCGUUGGGUGUUGCUGUUGCUGGCUUCUUCGUCUUCUUUCCUUGCCGUUGAUGUUGUCAGAGGCAACCUCGUAUUCCCGGUGCAACAUAAGUUUAAAGGCGGCGAACGGAGCUUGAGUGCAUUGAAAGCCCAUGAUGUGCGCCGUCACAGUAGAAUUCUCUAUGAUGUGGAUCUGAAAUUGGGUGGCAAUGGCCGCCCUUCUGAAACUGGCCUGUACUUUGCUAAUAUUGGGAUUGGGUCUCCUUCAAAGGACUAUUACGUUCAAGUUGAUACAGGAAGUGACAUUCUAUGGGUGAAUUGUAUUGGCUGCAGCAAGUGUCCUAAGAAAAGUGGUCUUGGUAUAGAAUUGACACUAUUCGACCCAAAGGGCUCAUCUACUUCAAGUUUGGUUACUUGUGAUCAAGCUUUUUGCACUGCCACAUACGAUGGUCCACUUCCUGGUUGCAGGCCUGACUUGCUUUGCCAAUAUAAUGUUGUCUAUGGAGAUGGGAGCUCAACUGCAGGAUACUUUGUGAAGGAUAAUAUUCAACUUCAGCGAGUGACUGGAAACUUUCAGGCAGCACCAGCAAAUGGGAGUGUAAUAUUUGGGUGUGGAGCUAAACAAUCAGGGGAGCUUGGUUCAUCCUCAGAAGCACUUGAUGGCAUACUUGGUUUUGGACAAGCAAAUUCAUCCAUGAUUUCACAGCUAGCUUCAGCAGGAAAGGUGAAAAAAAUGUUUGCUCACUGCUUGGAUAAUGUAGAUGGAGGUGGAAUCUUUGCUAUUGGGCAAGUGGUGGAGCCAAAAGUGAACACUACUCCAUUGGUACCAAAUCAGGCACAUUACAAUGUAGUAUUGAAGGAAAUUGAGGUGGGUGGUGAUGUUCUAACACUUCCUUCAGAUAUAUUUGACAAUGGAGUUAAGAAAGGAACCAUAAUUGACAGUGGUACAACAUUGGCUUAUCUUCCAGAUCUGGUUUACGAAGCACUAAUGCCUAAGAUUAUGAGUCAGCAGCCUGGGUUGAAAUUACAUACCGUUGAAGACCAGUUUACUUGUUUUAAGUUCAAUGGAAAUGUUGAUGACGGAUUUCCAACGGUCACAUUUCAUUUUGACGGUUCCCUUUCAUUGACAGUUUAUGCUCAUGAGUAUCUAUUCCAGCUUGGCAUGGGUAAUGAUAAUGUAUGGUGUGUCGGUUGGCAGACUAGUGGAGGGCAAUCUAGGGAUGGAGGUGAAAUGACUCUUUUGGGAGAUUUGGUGCUCUCAAAUAAGCUAGUUUUGUAUGAUCUUGAAGCACAGGCAAUUGGAUGGACUGAAUAUAACUGCUCUUCAAGCAUUAAGGUAAAGGAUGAGUCUGGAGCAGUGUAUUCUGUUGGCGCCCACAAUAUUUCUUCAGCUUCCACUCUGAUUAUUAGAAGAACAUUGACAUUCUUGUUUUUACUGAUAGCUAUGCUGCACUACUUUCUAUAUUAACUAGUUGCUACAAGACAAUUUUGUUGUAUUAUAAAUUAUUUGGUGAAAAUGUGUGCUUCGGAUACUUUGUCUUGUUUUCACUCUUCCCCCCGCCCUGCCCUCGGGGGGCCAGGGCCCAACCCUUCUCUUCAUUGGCGGCGUUGGAGAGGGGGGGACUGCAUUCUUUGCGAUUGAAUUAAUAGAAAGAAUAUGUCAUUACAUACAUGAUGGCAAACACAUGCAUACAUUUAUUUCAUAAUAAAUGCUACAUAUACUUUCAAGUGCGUA